ACGUAUCCCCACGGCCGAUAAUCUCAGUUUUCUACACCGGAAUAUAUACCAAAACUUAUUCAUAAUUUAAAGGUUCGUUCUGAGACAAAACUACAAUAAUAAUAAUGUAAUAAUAUAGGCCUAGAAGUAAAAAAUAAACAUCGCGAUUUUGUGUAGUAUCAAAUUAUUUCAUUAUAAAUAAGAUCCCUUCAAAAGCCUAGAUGUCAGAGUACGGUAACAUGUCCGUUACCAACGGAACCAACGAGACUGACCCUGACCCUGGAUGGAGAUACAUCGUGGAGGGAAUUGAAAUGUGCUAUUCUCUCAUCCUCAUUGUACUGGGUACCAUAGGAAAUUGUAUCUCAGUACUUGCUUUCUUCACGACGAAACUCCGGAAACUAUCUUCAAGCUUCUAUCUAGCAGCGCUGGCAAUCAGUGAUACAGGGUUUCUCGUAGCUCUGUUUAUAUCAUGGCUCAACUCAUUUGGUGUGCCUCUGUUCAAUGUUUCUGGUUUGUGUGAGAUGAACCUUUACCUGACAUACGUGUGCAGUUUCCUCAGUGCAUGGUUGGUUGUUGCUUUUACAGUGGAGAGAUUUAUCGCGGUUCGAUAUCCGUUACGUAGACCGUCUAUGUGCACCGUGGCCCGAGCCAAAGUUGUCCUUGCCAGCCUCACACUUCUAGCUUUAAUACUCAACGUUCCUAACUUCUGGCUAACACAAAUAGAAAUACGCGACAACAAACCUAUCUGCAGUUUAAACCCUAAAUUUACGGUUUUAGCUACUGUAAUUAACCACGUAGAUUUCGUAGUUACGUUCAUAUUACCGUUCUUCGUGAUUGCGACGCUGAAUGCCUGGAUCAGUCUUAUGGUAUGGCAGCUGGCCCGUAUCCGUCGAGUCCUCACGCUGACCGGACCAAGAGAGAGGAAUAUCCACUGCAGACGUCUGCACCAGCCACACUGUGCAGCGAUCCCUCAGCAAUCUCUGCGCUCAUCCGCCUCGCAGACAAAAGUGACCAAGAUGCUGCUUGUGGUCUCGACAGUGUUCCUCUGCCUCAACUUGCCUUCUUACGUCUUAAGGGUGCGAGUCUAUGUACAGGGUUCAGAAUCUAAAAGUCAAGAAGAAAACCUGCCUAUUCUCCAGCACGUGGCGCACGUGCUCUUCAUUACAAAUUUCGGCAUCAACUUCGUGCUCUACUGCGUGAGCGGACAGAACUUUCGACGAGCUUUCUGCUCUCUCUGCUGCUCCUGCUGUCCCUGCUCACGACAACGUGCCGACAGCACCCAACUUACCGUGGUUUCGGAGUACACGAGAUCUACUGGAUCCAUCGCCCACAGAAGAACUGUCACACUCAACGGAUUCCAGGUACCAUGGAAAGAAGCGCACGAACUCCUACCCCUCACGAAGUGAGAGAAGAGACUACGUCAUCAAGAUCUCAACAGGAUUCAGCCUGGAAAUAAAACUACGACAAAAGUGCGAUUGACCAACACAGUAGCAGGCGCGCUUUUCAUACGAAUACAUGACGUCACCUUGGACCUAUGAAUAGCAAUCUAGACCCUACAGUUAAAACAAACACUGCCACUGUGGCAACGGAACGCCAAGAACCCUAACAAAUAUCAAAACGGCCAUCAUCGGACAUGGUUCUGAGCCAGUUCCAUCCAUUUCCUUAAGAUUCAUUUUAAAUUAAUCUUCACAUCUCCUUUUCGGUCUUAAAAUGGGAGCUUUUCAAGGGGACUGUCCACUACUAUGUGCAUACACUCCGUGUCCCAGCCACCCUACCCACAUCCCCAGCACAGUGUCUUCUACUGCUCCAAUACUAGAAUCGUGGGUUCAAAUCCCACUCAGGGCAUCGAUGUAUGUGUUGUCCUCUGCAUAUACAGGUCCUGCAAAGGGGCGGGUCUUCGGAUUCCACUCGUAUCCUACCACACAAGAAAAAAAGGACGACGACAGCGUUCCUUGUUACAUAAUACAAACAGCUCACUAAUUCCAUCCUUCCUAUCCUCCGAAUUUGUGUUCUUCAUUUUGGAACGUGGGGCCACCCUUUUGAGAAUAUUUUACUGACCCAUACUCACUAAUGUGCAUUGCAAAAUCACAAUACAUCACGGGUAAUUCUGUAUCAGAAUUUCAACAACAAAUUUAAUGAACUUAUCUGAGAUAUCGUGUAGCUAAACGGAAGAAGCCACGUCUGAAGGAAAGAGACCAUUAGACGUAAGCACGUGCGGCAGAGCAUCGAAACGUAUUUUAAUGAGCACAGGCGCAUGGGGACUGAAUAUAGGAUAGAGGGCAGUGGCGGUCCCUUGUGAACAUAACACCGAAUCUUCGGGUGCUACAGAAGGCGGAAUAGUGUUGCCUUGCUGAGAUAUUAUUAGUUUCUGAAAGGGAACUCUGAUCCAAACAGUUAAUUGGCAACAAGAAUAUGAAUAUCAUAAAGAAUGUAAAUACCUUUCCCACUUGCAUUAUUAAUAAUGGCAAGCGUAUUUAUAUCCAUUUUCAUGAAACUGGGCUCUGGACGCAGGGUCAGCACAUACAAUUACUGACUCAGAUUUCCUGGAUGAUGUAUCGUAGUUUGCUUUGUAAUUUGUUUCAGAUGGGGGAAAAGUAAAUAAAAUAAGCGUUAGCGGCAAGGAUAAAAAAUACGAGGCGAUCACCGCACUAGACAAAAAUAAAACAUAUACCAUAUUUUGGUUAACAGCUAGUGUACACAGUGUCUUGUGAAUUUCGUGCAAAUAAAUGUCAACUUGACUGACAUAAUCAUAUACAGUAUCAUAUUUUGGUUAACAGUUAUUCUAUUAAUAGAGUGUGUUAUGAAUUUCGUGCAAAUGAGUGUAAACUUGAAGACUUAUAUAAACUGAAAACAAGUAGUGUUAUAGGCUUGAAUGGAUUGUGACGAUGGUGUAUACUGUGCUUCUGGCUUCUAUUGGACAUCGUCUGGUAUGUAAAAGACAAAAGACCACGACGUUUCGGAGACUGGAUCUGUC